UAGGGCGGGUAGCAAGCUAGGCUGUGGUGAGCUCCCUAGUAACAGAGUGGAGGAGGGUGAGGUAAUUCCGAGAAGAUUCUGCUGCACCGAGACAGACAAAAAAAAAGUCUAUUUAACAGGGAGGAAAGACUAGGAAGUGGGGGAGAAUACUUUUGAGUUUCGCUCAAAUUCCGUAGGUCUGAAGUAGAAGCAUACUGCCUUACGAAGGGAGAGCUGGUAGUUUUUGUUUUUUUUUUUGCUCUCCAACUUUACGAAAUAAUAAAGUAGAGUGUGCUUCCCAGACCGUCCGGGUUUUUUUUUUUUGCUUCGCCUUCUUGAAUUGUUGCAACCAUGUCCGCGGGAGGAGACUUCGGAAACCCUCUCAGGAAAUUUAAACUGGUCUUUCUAGGAGAACAGAGCGUUGGAAAAACUUCAUUGAUCACCCGAUUCAUGUAUGACAGUUUUGAUAACACCUACCAGGCAACAAUAGGAAUAGAUUUUUUGUCAAAAACAAUGUACCUUGAAGACAGAACAAUCAGGUUGCAGCUCUGGGACACUGCGGGCCAGGAGCGCUUCCGCAGCCUCAUUCCCAGUUACAUCCGCGAUUCCGCUGCAGCUGUUGUAGUUUACGAUAUCACAAAUGUAAAUUCUUUCCAACAAACCACAAAAUGGAUUGAUGAUGUCAGAACGGAGAGAGGAAGUGAUGUCAUCAUUAUGCUGGUUGGAAAUAAGACAGAUCUUGCCGAUAAAAGGCAAAUAACAACUGAGGAGGGAGAGCAGAGAGCCAAAGAGCUGAAUGUUCUCUUUAUUGAAACAAGUGCAAAGACAGGCUACAAUGUCAAGCAGCUAUUCCGACGUGUAGCUGCUGCCUUACCUGGAAUGGAAAGCACACAGGACAAGAGCAGGGAAGACAUGAUCGACAUAAAGCUUGAAAAACCACCAGAACAGCCAGUCAGUGAGGGGGGGUGCUCGUGUUAAUACCUUGUAUCUCAUUCUUGCUCUUUCUCUCUCUGUCUCUGUCAUUAAAUGCCACUGCUUAUCUCAUUCCCAUCAGCUGCAGUGUGAAUAUCAGCUUGUAUUUUUCCCCAUCAGAAAAACAUCAAAACACUACAUAUAAAAAAAAGGAAAGGAAUUUUUUUUUUUUACCAUUGUUGACUGUCUCAUAAAAAAAGACCUGUUAGCUUCUCAAGCACAAACAAUGGACUGGAAUGAUGAGUUUUGUGAUCUUUAAAGGCUAACGAAAUUGUUGUACAGUUCCAACAGAUGUCAGAGUUUCAUUUUAUUGUUUGUGAAAUAAUGCACAUCAAGGAGUGCAGUUGUUUUAGGCUUGGCGUGAAAAGCUGUGGUACACACGCUGGUCUUUAUAUCACCUUGAUGAGAUUCAAAUAAUAAACAUACUGAGUUCAGUACAUGGAAAGCAAACAUAAUGGACAUUAGUGUGUUGAAAUAACAAAGUAUAACAUUGUAAUCUGGUUUUUAAAGGGAGUAUAGAGACAUCAUCAUGGGGCAAUAAUUGCCUCUCUUGGUGAUAGAAUGCAAAGUUUAUUAGGAGGCAUGUAUCCUUUCAUCUUUAAGACAAUUUUUAAAUAAUAAAUUAAAUGGGGGAUGGUACUGGAGAUCCCUUAAAUUGAGAACAAAAGAAUUAUGUUGGGAAAGGAGAUGAAACAAUGAUGGAACUAUUACGGAGUAUGACUCUUGAAUAAAAUGUUUUAACACUUUGAUCAAAUGACCUGGUUUUCUGAUUGGGAUCUUUUGAAGGAAAGGAUAUCUUCAGUUUGCCUGCCGUUUUCACCUAAUACUUAUGUUAUAAAUUUUAUUUUUUUUAUUUUUUAAAAACUUGGAAUCCACAGAACUGAUUGAAAAUAAACUUGUAUAAAUGUGGGGAGUAUCUCAUUUAACGCGAGAGCAGGUUUUGUAAGGGAAGUAUCGCAUUUGAUACCUGACAAAAUAUGCAGAUUUGCCUUUUUUGAAGCAUUAAUACUUUAGGGCUUCCACUGGUUUGGUUUUGCUAGGUUUGUAAAGUUUGAUUUAACCUUCUUGAAUAUGACACUUUAGCUCAGAUGUUUGUUGAUAUUUAACUUGUUCAUUUAAUUAACCAAUUUCUGUCAUAUUUAUUUUUACCGGAUUGUUUUUUUUAUUAUUGUAAUUAUUUUAAAACAAAAGUCAUUUAGUUUUUUUAAGUUAGUGUCUUACAUUAUUUUUGAUCCCUUUUCCAAGAACAUACUUUAAAUCUUUAUAUUCCUGUUACUUACUGCAGAUUCUACCCAGUAUGUGGUACAGUGCAAUGGUCUGGAAAAGUUCUAGUUUUAUUUUAGUUACCUCUAAUUCCUUUUCUUUUUUUAAUAAAAGAAAAGAUAUCACCGCUACUGUGCACAGAAGCUCAUGUUUGCACUGCUAAAAUUAGUUGUGGCACACAGUCUCUGUCAUCCAUAAAGGAACUGUAUUUAGUGACUGUGCAAAAUAGCUUUUUGGUAAAGAUUAAAGUACUGGUAAAAAAUGUGCCUGGUUGAUCGGUUUCAUCGCUGUCGUGAUUUCCUGUUGCUAUACAAUUGGAUGUAUCCUUGUUAAUAAUUAAAAAAUAUGUCGUCCACAAACAUCAAAUGCUUGUAGGAGCCUUGCUUACUACACACAAGGUUCUAUUAUCCUUGAUCUUUAACAGAAACACAGCUGCGUAUCCUGCUUGACAAGUCUUGUUAUGUAUUGUUGAUUCCUGGCUUUCUACUGGCUUAAGAGCACUUAACACUCUCCUGCUUCUUCAAUAUGGUUUUAAUAUACAUAGUCUGGCAGCUUGGGUUUCUUAUACAAAAUAGUGUAAACUUUUGCUACUUUUUUGUACAUUUAAAAAAAUCACCUGAUAGAAAAAAAAAUACAAGUGUCUAAAGCCUUUGUGUGCCACAAGGAAACACGAUAUACAGUAAAUAUUAAACAAAAAGUUCAAUUGGGCCAUUGAUUUUAAAGGCUGUAGAUUGUAAUGUUCACAACUUGGUUUUGAAGCAUGACUUUUUAAUGCAUAUCCUUAAACACAGGAAAAAAAAGAAAGCUUGUUAAAAAUAUUUCUGUCUGAACAAUAACUUCUCUCUUUUCUUUCUUAGUGGAAUCGGAAUGUGUGACACUUCUAAAUUCUAAGCUGAUAUAGGCUAUUGUAAUUUUGAAGUAGAUAUAGGGUUUCUAAACACAUCACAGUCCACUUUGGCUUGACUGUUGUGCCAGUGCAACUCUUUGUUCAUUACUGAUUUUCUGUAUGCUUUGUCAAUGGGUGUGGGCCGGUGCAGGGCAGGGUGAGUUGUGAUUUAGGAAGAGCUCUGGAGAGACGCAGGAGUGCUGAUCAGACGCAAUGCAAAGAAACUGGAAACUAGUUCUGUCAUUGAAACAUCACCAGUACCUCAGCCUCUGUUUGACAAUGUUAAUACCCAAAGCCUGAACAGAAAAUUAAAUAAAACAUCUGCCUAUUCAAUUACCUUACUUGUGUCCUGAACUUUGUCUUCAGUUUGUGUUUGUUUUAUCUGGAAAAGGGGUGCAAAAUAUUAAUGCAUUUUAAUGGCUAAUGUUACACACCUAAGCAAAUCACCUCUGAGUGAAAGCCUUGAAUGCAGUGAGGAGAACCAUGGCAAAGAAUUUUAAAAUGAAGCCUUUAAAGUAAUGCCUGUUUAUAAAUCAAGAAUCUUUAAUCAUUGUUUAAAUGCAAUUUUUAAAAAUCUGUUAAAUCUUUCAAAUCUGUUGAUAGUGUAGUGAAGUGUGCGGGUGAAUAAAAGUGUAAACCGUUUCCUUGGUUCUUGUGAGGUCCAUCAAUCCCAUGAGAUAAGUUUUUUUUUGGGGGAUAUCCAUGGGCGUAAAUUGUACUGGUUUAAUGUUAACAUUUUGAAAAUGGCCUCAUGAAUAGAUUUUUUCACAAGCCUGUAGGUUAAAUGCAAAUGGUUACAAAGUCAGCACUGUUUUUAAUUUUAAUCUUACAAUCAGGGAUGAGCUGUAAUCAUUUUUAAUUUCCUCUGUUGCAUGGUUUCCUUUCCACCUCAAUGUAACUUAAUUACAUAAAGAUUUGGAGAAGCUGUUAAUCUACCUGUAGUUACAACUAAAGCCUAUAGAAAUAUGACCCUUGAGGAAUGGCAUUACUCAUUUUAAGAAGUAGGGUGAAUAAGGUAAAGUCAUAUUACACAUGCAAUUAUUAUAAUUUCCAUAUAUCAUUACUGGUGCAGGAACAUGUUCGCAGAGAUAAAAUACUGGGAAAUCGAUCAUUUUAAGUCCAACACCCUUUCCAAAGAUACAGCAUACAGUUCAUUAGUAACAGGAUAGUAUGUAUGGUUCGUUAUGCUCUUCCAUCUUUCUGUCUCCAUUGUCAUCACUAAUUUGGAAGUAGAAUCUUUACUCAGAACCUUACUGGAUCUUUAAACGUCAUCAAGAAUUUCCUGAGAUUUUUUUGUCUCUCCAACCCACACAAGAUCCGUCUGUUCAGCCUGCUGAAUCGUGAAGCCCACGCUGCGUGUUAGUACAGGCUUUUAUUUAUUACUGUAGCUGAAACAAAGAUGUGGGUCUUUACUUUGAAAAAGGAAUGAGUAAGCAUCUGUACUAGUCAGAAAAAUGGAAGCAUUUUGCUAACAAAGAAUCAUUGUUUUUGUUCCCUGCUGAAACAUCUCACUUCUUUCAUUGAAAAAAAAGAUCUGAAAAGGUUAAUAGCAUGCCUGUUAACAGCUUCUAAUUUUAUGAAGAUUAAUAAAAUGCUUGUUGUGAAAUGAA